UCUAUAAAUACAACCUAACCCAAGAAAGAGAUACAGCACAUUAGCAGCUAUACAAUUAAGGCAAAGCACAUACGAAAAUGGAGAGAGUUGGUGCAGCUUGCUUGCUUCUUGUGGUGGCGAUGGUGGGCGGCGCCGCCGCGCAAAGCGCCACUAACGUGAGGGCAACGUAUAAUAUUUACAACCCUCAAAAUAUUAAUUGGGAUUAUUAUAGGGCGAGUGUUUUUUGCGCCACUUGGGAUGGCAACAAGCCACUUGAAUGGCGGCGAAAGUAUGGAUGGACUGCCUUUUGUGGUCCUGUCGGCCCAAGAGGCCGGGAUUCUUGUGGCCGAUGUUUGAAGGUUACUAACACCGCCACCAGUGCUCAAGUAACGGUGAGGAUCGUUGAUCAGUGUGCAAAUGGAGGGCUGGAUUUGGACGUCAAUGUAUUUAAUCAACUGGACACUGAUGGACAGGGCUAUGCUCGGGGCCACCUCAUAGUCAACUACGAUUUUGUUAACUGCAAUGACGGUGAAAAUCUAUUUUUAGUAUAUUAA